GCCUUUGACUCUCUCUCUCUUUCUUUCUUUCCCUCUCCCUCUCUCUCUUUCUGUCUCUGUCUCUCUCUCUCUCUCUCUCUCUCUCUCUCUCUCUCUCUCUCUCUCUUACACACACACACACACACACACACACUGUUUGCCUAGACUGAUAAGCUGGGGGGGGCAGGCAAACAGCCCUGCUAAAGGAGUGAAAACACACACAAGAGUGAGAAAGCCUAUGACUGUGACGGGGAGAGCAGAUAGGUGCACAAGCGCACAGAGGAGGACAGAGAAAGAGAAGACACAGAGAAGAAAAAGCCAGCGAGACAUAGAAAGGAGAGAGAGAGACCAGAGGAAACAAAGUGUGAGAGGCAGAAGGAGGAAGAACAAAAGUGUGAAGGGUUUUUUGCUGCUGCUGUGCUGGGACCAUGUCUCUGAAUGGGAAGGUGGCUCUGGUGACCGGGGGGGCUCAAGGCAUUGGGAAAGCCGUGGUCCAGUCCCUACUGCAGAGCUCAGCCAAGGUGGCAGUGGUCGACCUCAACAAGACCUGUGGCGAAGAAUGCAAGGUGCAGCUGGACGCCGAGUUUGGAGAGGGCAACUGCACCUUUAUUCCCUGUGAUGUGUCAAAUGGAGACGCACUGAGAGAUGCAUUCCAGAGCACUGUGGACAAGUUUGGUCGCCUGGACAUCGUUAUCAACAACGCCGGCAUCAACAAUGAAAAGAACUGGGAGAAGACCAUACAAGUCAACCUGACCUCUGUAAUUAAAGGGACCUACUUGGCACUGGAACACAUGAGUAAAGAGUACGGCAAAGAAGGCGGCAUCAUUAUCAAUGUGUCCUCUAUGGCAGCCUUCUUGCAUUCUCCUCAUCAGCCUGUCUACACUGCUACUAAACACGGAGUCAUCGGCUUCACUAGAGCUAUGGCGGACGCAUCCUCUCUGGGCAACUACGGCGUUCGCAUCAACGUCCUGUGUCCGGCCUUCGUCGACACUCCUCUACUGCACUCAGUGGAGCACGAGGACAACAUGGGCAAGUUUGUCAAGUUCAAGGACGAUUUCAAACGCAGCAUGAGCAAGUUUGGAGUUUUACAACCGUCACUGAUAGCAGAGGGCAUGAUGAGGUUGAUCGUGGACUCCAGUCUGAAUGGAGCGGUAAUGAAGAUCACCUGCUCCAAGGGAAUCCACUUCCACACCUAUGAACCCAUGUCUGCUUGAGCCUGGACAUACUGGACUCUGCACUGCUGAGGAGGACAAUCGGGGCUUUAUCCUGUCUGACUGCAACUGGGUCAGAACAACUUCUGGCUGCCCCUGAAGUUAAUAUCAGAACUGCGUCUGAGCAUUGUUUGGAUUCUACUGGAAAAAUUGAUGUGAACAAUGCCUGAUCAUGUAUAUAUACCUGUCCCAAAUGAGUGCUAUCCAAACAAUAGUUCCAUACACUGUCAAUAUACUGUCUGAUUUGAAUAAUUAUGUUAAUACUAUGAUAGUAAUGGUUGUAGUUAUCAAAAUUACUGUAGAAAGUGUGGUGUUUUCACUGCAAGCCAAGAUAUAAACCUUUGGCAAACCAGGGUCGUAGAUCUGUCUUUUUCACUGAGGAUUCUGUGUUACAGUCAGUGUCAUCCACCUCAGACACGACAUGCAGCUUCUUUCUUUAAACAGUGUUAUCAUAGCAGCUGUAACAGUAAUUAUUUAACACUUGGUUUAUAUGAUUUAUGUAAAAAUAAAAAUAAAUCCACUAGUUUAGUGGUUUGUUAUUUUGGGA